UCAUUAUGUAGGAUUCGACUCAACCGGUCGUUCCAUGGAAUUCAGGAAUCAUCUCAACUACCACCCGAGAAGUUGCAUCCUAGCUUAAUUCUCUUGAAUAUUUAGGACUGGCAAUGUCACAGAAACCGUCGUCAUCAUCGUCGAGUUCAAAUGGCCGCCCAUCGAGAACAGGUGACAGGUUGAUUCGGAGGUUGUGUGCGAACGAAUCCACGUUGGAGAAGGCUCUCGCGUUGUACGAGUCUUUACAGGAUGUCUUCGCUCAUGGCGCGUUGCCAAAUGUGUGUGCCUACAUUGCGUGCGAGAUGCUAGGCAAUACGGAUGUCAGCUGGGAAGCAGCAUCUCUAGCCUCCACCGUAGGCCCUCCAGAGUGUUUGAACUUGUGGCAACAAGUUCGACGACAUCUCUCUAAGUUUACGCCGACUGUAUCAUACUUAUCACUCGUGCGGACGUAUGAUCUCACCGCACCUCAAUCCUUCAUUACUGUCUUACAGACAGUCGAAGACAUAGCCGGUAGAGACAGCGUUUUCAUAAAUGACGCGUCGCGUGAUUCGGUGCUUUUUGCGGUGUUUACAUGGACUGGAUCGCUACUCAAGAUUGAGAAUAUUACCCCAGAGGUAGUCGCUGAUGACUAUGAUCUUGACGAGGAUGAACUAAAGAGACACAUGGAGGUGAUUGAAACCAAAUGCGAUGACCUCGCUAGUAUGAUUACUAUGUCAUACGAAGCGGUAAAGAUGCCAAGAGGCGGAACUCUUCUGAAUCCUAUCAACGAAAUUUCACCGCCGUCCUCGCGAUCUGCGUCUUCAGGUCCAGGCUCCAUCGUGCCUCUCAAACGUGGAGCAGAGACCGUCACCGAGCGCUCACCCGGGUCGAAACGUCUCAAUUCCGGUACUGCUCAAAACGAGGUUCAUCUGUCGCCAUCCAAGCCACCUCACCAAACAAGUCAUAUCCCCGUGACAUAUUCAAGGAGUUUGAAUGAAAUCCGUCGACAUCCACUUCCACUGAAUUCGGAGGCGAGCUCUAAGAAGUCAGAUGUGGCUGAAAGCGCAUCUGGAAAAGGUGUAAUUACUCCCCCUGUGAAACCGUCCUUUGUCGGUGAAAACCCUUGGAAACGUACUAAGACGUUGUCGCCAGAGAAGGACAUGGUAACGGAAACUUCGCAAUCCCGUAUGGGGGCGCAUCUAGAGCCUCUAGAGUUGGAGUAUAUCGGUGUCAACAGGUCAGCGGGUAAACCCUCCGACCAACAAGCCUCAACAUCUCAGAGCGCUAGAUCCCCCGACACUUCACCUGUUGCGAUUGAACCUGGCCUGGAUGCUGGGCCUCCCGCGAAGCGGAAACGUGGGCGCCCCAACAAAUCGAGUCAGCCAAUUCCUUCCUCCUCCUCAUCGUCCCGCAGCACCCUAGUUAACAGCUCAAGCGCGAGUUCCUCAUCCACUCUUCCUAGCACUAUAGUCAAACCCACCCCCAUCGUAGCACCAACACAAGCGACACAAGCCCAACUCCUCACGCAUAUCCGCAAAGCCGACUGGGCUAUCAUAACCCACACAGAGACUUUUCCCUGUCCCGACGUGAUCCUCAAACUCAAGAUUCUUGAUCUCAAGACUCGUAUCUUAGAACGCGACAAGUUGCCGACUAACCCUGGGAACCCGGAUGUGCUAAGUAGUGCAAGCGUGGCCUCAGCGACGAAGUUGGACGAGCUGAUUCAGAAUGCGAGAGAGGAUGUUGUUAGGUACGUUAGGGGUGGGAAGGAUGACAAGGGAAAUAAGGUGGGAAUUGGAGAGGGAGGUUAUGGAGGCGACAUCGAGUUGAAGUUGAAAGUCUUGGAUUUAGAGACGAGAGUGUCGGAGUGGAGAAGAAUCAUGGACGGUUGCUCAUGAUAUUGGAUUAUCUGCCAUUCUUUUGGAAUUCCUUUGUGUGCCUGGGGAAAGGAGUAUUGAUAUGAAGUCCACUAUGAGCAAGCUGAAUCCGACCCCUAUGACUGGGAAGUCUCGACAUCAACAGAUGGAGUAUUGAGGCUCUCUUUUAAGGACUAUAUC